GGGGCGUGGCGAGGGCGGGUGAGCGCCGCCAUUUUGCAGGAAGAGGGGUGCCGGGGCCUGUCAGCGAGGGGACAGCAGCGUCUGCCAUGGCCAAUGUGCUCUGUAACAGAGCAAGAUUGGUCACCUACCUCCCAGGCUUUUAUUCCUUAGUCAAAAGAGUUGGGAAUGCCAAAGCUUUUUCCACUGCAGGAUCCUCUGGCUCGGAUGAGCCUCACGUGGCUGCUGCACCUCCUGAUUUAUGUCCCAGGACGGUGUGGCCGGAUGAGGUGAUGGGGCCCUUUGGUCCCCAGGAUCAGAGGUUCCAGCUGCCUGGGAACAUUGGCUUCGACUGCCACCUCCAUGGCACAGCUUCCCAGAAGAAAUCCCAAACUUCCAAGAGCCUCCCUGAUAUUUUAGCCGAGCCCUCAGCCAGUGAGAGGCACGAAUUCGUCAUGGCACAGUACAUCAACGAAUUCCAGGGCUCUGAUGCUCCCCAGAAGCAGCAGAUCAAUAACGCCGAAACCUACUUUGAAAAUGCCAAGGUGGAAUGCGCGGUGCAAGCCUGUCCCGAGCUGCUGAGAAAAGACUUCGAGUCCCUGUUCCCGGAGGUGAAUUCCAAGCGUCUGACCGUGCUCACUGUCACCCAGAAAACCAAAAACGACAUGACCGUGUGGAGCCAGGAGGUGGAGGAUGAGAGGGAGAUGCUCUUAGAAAAUUUCAUCAAUGGUGCCAAGGAAAUCUGCUAUGCAAUUUCUGCUGAGGGCUACUGGGCUGAUUUCAUCGAUCCGUCCUCAGGACUGGCAUUCUUCGGGCCUUACACCAACAACCCCCUGCUGGAGACGGACGAGCGCUACCGGCAUCUGGGGUUUUCCGUGGACGACCUGGGCUGCUGCAAGGUGAUCAGGCACAACCUCUGGGGCACGCACGUGGUGGUGGGCAGCAUCUUCACCAACGCCGAGCCCGACAGCCCCAUCAUGAGGAAACUCAGCGGCAACUGAGCCGCCGCCGCCUCAGGUUCCCGCUCUCGUUCCGCGUCGGCCUCGGGCGGUUCUCCCCUCGGCGGCGGUAGGAAUUCCUGGCUUCCCGGGCGUUCUUAGGGAAUAAAAAAAGCGUAGCAGGUUGUUUAUUUGUAGUCUUUUUGGGGGAGUUGCCGCGUUCACCGCGCGUGGCUCGGAGGACGCGGGUCGAUAACGUUUCGAGAAGCGCAGGGAUUCCCGUUUCCCUUUUUCUGAGUUUGCCGUGUUCUCUUAUCUGGACAAUUCCGUCUUUCCGCUGGGCGACUUUUUAGUGUUGAAAACGCCGCUGAAAUUUCCGACCGGUCUGCUGCUCCUGAAAUUAGGAACUAAAAAAAAAAAAAAAAAAAAAAAAAAAAAAAAAGGAAUGAGUCAUAGAAUCGUUCUCCCAGAAUAGAGCGCUUAAUAAAAUCUGGGCUAAUCACUCGUUUGCUCUUGGAAAAUGAGGAUGAGGUCAACUUUCAGUGGUCUCCAAACUCAUCCAGAGAGACUCCAUAAAAAGUCCUUAAUUACCUUGGAAUUACUCAUCUCUUAUUGUUUUUUGUCUUCAUGGUGCUUGGGAUUUAUUUUCUCAGUGUUAGCUAAACAUAUUUAAUUACUUUAUAUAUCUAAGUGUAAUUUAAAGUUGCUUUUGUAACUUCCUUAGGUCAUUAAAUACCAAAAAACCCCCAGAGGUAAUAGGGCAAUGCUUGGAUCUCAUCAUUGUUUUCCCGUACUUGGAUGCAAUCUAGACUUGCCUCUGGAAUUUGGAAAUGGCAAAGAGCAAUUAGGAUCAAUUAUUGCAAUUAGGAAGAUGUUCCGACAGGAAGGUUCCGGGCUCCUCAGGUAUCACAGAAACAAUCAGAUCAAUGGGGCAACGACAGGGAAGGAAUUCCAAAUUCCACCUGAAAUCCCUGGAAUUUCAAUGCCUCGCACUUCGGCUGCAGGGGUGAAGCAAUAAUGCAGAUUUCAGUCUCAUCCCAGGCAGCUCUGGAGCUGUUUUUCAUGGAACAUGGGAAUCCUUCGGGCUUUAUUCCAUGGGAAUGUGCUGCAGCACAGUCUGGGUCAGGGUCCAGGGAUUUCAACUUGUUCUCUGUCUUUAUCCGACCCCACGGAUUCCAGACCUGUCCCAGGCUCUCCCCUUCCCUCCUCAGGCUCUAAGCCAGGCUCAGCAAAGCUUUUCUGGCUUUAGGAGCAGCUCCAAGUGCCUCUGUCCGUCCUUGUCCCCACCGCCCAUCCGUGGCCUGGCUGGAUCCUGGAGCUGGGAGCUGGAAAAACUUCCCAAAGGAGCAGAGAGUGCUCUCCAUUCCCAAUUCCCUCCCCAAGGCAGCAAUUCCAGAUCCCUGCUCCUCUGCGGGGAUGGAUUUUGGGGCAGGAUUGAUCCCUUUGUCAUCCCUGACCUCUGUUAUCCAUAAAAACUCUGUUACUUCCAAGGAUUUUAUCCCUGUUUGGUUUUUUUCUCCUUCUCCUCGAGAUAAUUAAAGAAUUUGAGACGUGCA